CCGUUUAAAAAAAAAACAUUUUGCACCGUUUUUGUCGGAGCUGAACGCAGCCCUGAACUGAACACGUUUUAUGAAGUUCCUUUCAAGAGAUUACGCUGGUCUCUCAUAUUAAAUGGACAUUUACUGGUUAUUUUAUCAUUAACUAGGGUGUUUAUUGUUUAUAUAUCUCGUGGAUAUAUCUGAUAUUUACAGACUUUGAAGAAGGGAAGAGCAAUGGCAGAAUCGUCACCAACAUCACCAGAAAGAAGAGAAACCAGGAGACAAAGUCUAACUGAUCCAUUCACGUCAUCCUCCAGUGGUCGACUGACUGAGGAGCUCCAGUGCUCUAUAUGUCUGGAUGUGUUCACUGAUCCAGUCAGCACUCCAUGUGGACACAACUUCUGCAAGACCUGUCUGAAUAAGUGCUGGGACAACAGCCAGACCUGCAGCUGUCCUUACUGUAAAGAAACAUUCAGCCAAAGACCUGAUCUCAAGAUUAAUACCACACUCAGAGAGGUUAUAGAUCACUAUAAGAAGAAAACGCCUAAUACAAACGCUGAAGUUUUGUGUGACAUCUGUGAGGAAAGAAAGCGGAAAGCCCUAAAGUCAUGUGUGGUGUGUCAGAGCUCUUACUGUGAAACUCAUCUGGAGCGUCAUUUGAGAGUGGCAGGUUUAAAGAAACACAAACUAAUUGAUCCUGUGAGUAAUUUAGAAGACACUAUAUGUCAGACACACGAGAGACCUCUGGAGCUGUUCUGUAGAGAUGAUCAGACAUGUUUGUGUACGAUGUGUGCUCUGUCAGAUCACAAGAACCACAACACUGUUCCUCUAGAAGAGGAGAGUGAAGAGAAGAAGACUCAACUGAUGAAGACACAGAAAGACAUGCACCAGAUGAUCCAAGAGAGAAUUGAGAAGAUUCAAGACAUCAGACACUCAGCAGAAUUUAGAAAGAGAAACACAGAGAUGGAGAAAGCAGCCCGUGUUGAGUUCUUCUCUGAUCUGAUCCGCUCCAUUGAGAGAUGUCAGACUGAACAGCUGGAGAUGAUGGAGGAGCAGCAUAAAGCAGCAGAGAAACAGGAGAAAGAACUCAUCUCUGAGCUGGAGCUGAAGAUCUCUGAGCUAAAGAUGAGAAACACUGAACUGGAGCAGCUCUCACACACUGAAGAUGCCCUCCACCUUCUACGGAUGUUCUCAUCUCUCUGCAUCCCUACAAACACCAGGAACUGGCCUGAGAUCAGCAUGAAGACUGAUGUGAGUCUGGAGACUCUGAGGAGAGCUCUGACUCAACUGCAGUACACUCUAGAUGAGAAACUCACUAAAACUGAGCUGAAGAGGAUGCAGCAGUAUGCAGUGGAUGUGACUCUGGAUCCUGAUACAGCUCAUCCAGAACUCAUCCUGUCUGAUGAUAGACAACAAGUGAGAUUUGGAGAUGUUAGUCAGGACGUCCCAAACAAUCCAGAAAGAUUUGAUUCAUGUGUCUGUGUCCUGGGAAAGGAGGGAUUCUCCUCAGGGAGAUUUUAUUUUGAGGUGCAGGUGAAGGAAAUUACUGAAUGGGAUUUAGGAGUGGCUAGAGAAUCCAUUAACAGGAAGGGAGAGAUCACACUGAGUCCCAGUGAUGGAUACUGGACUGUGGUUCUGAGGAAUGAGGAUGAAUAUAAAGCCUUAGAUAAUCCCUCUGUCUCUCUGUCUCUGAGAGUGAAGCCGCAGCGGGUUGGUGUGUUUGUGGAUUAUGAGGAUGGUCUGGUCUCCUUUUAUGAUGUGGAGUCCAGCUCUCAUAUCUACUCUUUCACUGGUCAGUCUUUCACUGACAAACUCUAUCCAUUUCUUGGCCCAACAUUAAACAAUGAAGGUGAAAACUCAGCACCACUGAUCAUCACACCUGUCAAUUACUAUAAAUAAAUUUACAAUACUAAAAUUAAAUACUAGAUGAAAAUAAUGCUUUAAAUAUUUUGGUGUUUCUACGCAAAGUAUGUGAAUAUAUUGUUAUCAAGUAUGCAAAAAUUUUAAAUGUAAAUAAUUUGCAUAAGUAAAUGAAUGCUAACAGCAGUCAUUGAGGAGGAAUGGGGUGCUCUACUGGAGAUUUCUGGAAAUGACUGCUUCUUGUCUAUGCUUGUAUUAUUGCCAGACUAAAAUGUAGAGAGAAUUGCGAUUGAUUCUUAAAUUUAAGUUUAUGAAUCAGGUACUUUAAAGUAUAGUUUAACUUUGCUUUGUUAUGUCAUGUCACUUCAAUGACUUGCAUAUAUGAAAUAAAUGAAAUCCACUGGAGUGGCCAGAGAAUAUCAGAGAAGAUGGAGAGAGGCAAAUGUUCCUAAAAAAAAUGUAAUUGAAUCAAAGUGACACUAUGUUGAUUCUACAUCCCUGCUAUGGAAUUAAAUGGCUGUUUGUUUACCCACAUUCUAAUAAAACUGUGAAACUGGAAA